GUCUAAAUUUUCGAUCUCGUGCUCUUUUGGUUCCUAAGUGCUACCAUUAUGCCGAACACGUGGAAUCAAACUCAACGUGGGAAACGCAUCUUCGUGUGGUCGAAAGAACUCGAAAGAAGUUUGAUCGUGACGAAAGGUUUUAUUUGUUUAGAUCGAGGUUGCAAUAGGAAUUCCGUGACUACGUGAAGCAACACAAGCUAUUUCGUUUCCAAUUUGACGGUGGUAUACUGGAACGAUUGAGUUUUUCAUGUUUUCGAGCGUAAGGAACUGGCUACAGUUUGGAGACACUUGGAAGAAGAGUCUGGGCGUAGCCGCGGAAUAAAAAUAUCAUUUGUGCAAAAGAACAACAAAACCAGCUUUUAUUUCGGAUGGCUGGGACAGCAAAAUUCAAUUGGGCAGUUGCACUCGGCAUUCCGACGUGGGGAUAUGUUGCAGCCCAGGAUCGGCCAUGCUUAGGAUAAAGGUAGUUGAGGACUUGGCUGUCAAGACAUUCAGCGCUGGAACAGCCGCCAUUCAAGUCAGCUUGAGUAAAGGUCUGCUCGGCUCGUCAUUUGAUUUGCACACGAUACAAGAUCCAGAAGAAAAGGAAGUAGCACGACGUCGUCUCGACUGCCGCAAACAGUUGCUCAAUAUGAGAGCGCGCAAUGCAGAACUCACGGAUCCGGAAUCGAAUGGAAGGACCGUCAUGCAGCAGGAAGAUUUACAGGAAUGGCUGGAUAAUCUUCAUUUGAAAUUGAAACAAGCGUGUUCCGGUGUUUCAACUCCAAGUCCAGCCACGGGUCCUGCCAGUUCGAGCCAACGGCCGAGUCGUCCGUCUCGACGAUCCGUCGCAUCCAUCGCUGUGGCGGCCACUGCCCAAUCGAAAAAGGGAUUCAAUCUGCCUACUCCCCUUUUGCUUUCGACGCUUUCACCUCCUCCUCUUUCCACUCUUCCGCCGCCUCCUUCUCCCGUGUCUACCAGCAGCGGCGAUCCGUCCAUCAUCCAUAAAUUUAAAGCGGCUGGUGGAUCGGCGAGUCUCCCUCUCAUCAUCCGGCCGCGUUCCAUCAAUGGAUUGGCCGACCAAGCAGCCGCCGCACUGACUGAUGGCCAGUACAUUGAACGUCUGCAAGUUUCACUCCAGCAAGCUUCCGUCUCGUCGCUUCAGGAAAGGCUGGCCGAGCGUAAAGUUCAGUCUCUCAUGCAACUGCCGACUACUAGCGGCUCUGUCCGACCGAAAACGACAUCUUGCGUCAAAUCACCGGCCAAAUCGCCAGCCAAAACGAGGCGACACAUAUCGCCCAGCAAAGUGUCUCAUCGGCCGAAACACCAGCAGCAAAUCAUAAGGCCGGCUAAACUAAAGAACAUUUCGUCCAGCUUACCGGCCAGUAGUCCCGUUCCGGCCACGCAGUCUGUGCCUCCGCUUUUAAUGAAAUCUGGCAAGAGCGGUGGUGGUGGUAAAGGGAAAACGGGCCGUUCCAGUCAGCGUCGAGUCGAUGACGGAUCGUCCGACAGCAUAGCUUUAUCGAAUUCAAUAUCGCCUUCUUCCGAUUUGAUGACCACGUCACGCGGUCAUAAUAUUCCGAGGUUAUCUGACAUUGCCGGACUUCCUCCGCGGCCUGAAACGGACAAACCGACGGCCAGUCGAUCAUUUAUUACCGGCGAUUUCUUCAACUGCGGACAGACAGUGGAUGAUAUUUAUCAAGCGGCCGAACAUUUGAUUUUACCGCCUGCCCGUCGCGAUGCUAAUGUAUCAUCUGACCAGUCGACUGCUGUCCAGUACGAGACUGGACCGCUACUUCAUAGACAAGGAUCCUUGUCCGAGGAUGUGGAAGAAAUCCCCAUCGUCGAAGACUUUUGGGGCGCAGUGCCUGAUUACUAAAACGAGUUCCAACUGUUAAAAGAAUAAGGGGAGCAAACGAAAGGUAACAGUUUUUAAAGCCGGCCCUUUUUUUGUUUGGACCAAAAGUUGAGAUAUCCUUGAAAGUCGACGACAGAAAGAAGAAAAUAGUUUGGUUCUCUUUUCUGUUGUCAACUUUUCAUGUUGAUGUGUGGCUUUUGAUGUCCCCUUCAUAAUCCCGUUUGCGUGACACGGAACAUCGAUCGGUCCGACUUCCAUUUAUGCUGUUUCUCUAUCUCUCAUGUGCUCCUGUUGUGUACAAUUGUUCCCACCCGUUCCAUAAAUCACUCUUUGUCACUGUUGUGUCUAUUUCCCUCCUCUGCAGUGUCUUAUCAUCCACUAAUUUCGACCAUGCCAGUUGUCUGAUUGCCGGACUGCUCGUGCGUGUAAAUAAGAGGAAACUCGUCGACGAUAACAAGAGAUUCUUU